AAUAUUAUCAAAGUAAAGGUAUUCCAAGAAAGAUAAAUGUAAAUCAAAAGACCCUUUCAACUAAUGUUGAAGAUAUCCAUCUUCACCAACUCUUUCCACAUAUAUUUAUUAAUGAUAUGGAUAUGUAUGCCGGAAAUGAUAAUAAUGUCUCAUUAGCUGAUCAAUCUUUAUCUACAAAUCAUCCUAAUACAUGUGCACAAUGUUCAAACCCAGUAUUUGGAUUUGGUCUACGUUGUUGGGGUUGUAAGUUGAGUCUUCAUUUUAGAUGUUAUAAUUCUCCCCAUGGCGGAUUUCAGGCAGAAUAUCCUUUGAACUCUGGUGUUCAUAAAUUAGCCACCCCAAGAUAUUGUGAUAUCAUUCAUAGUAAAAGAGAAUGCAUCUUUAAAGGAUGCUUUCAAGGCGAUAAUUCUGAUUCGUCAACUAUUUCAGAAAAUAUUGCUGGCCAUAAAUUCCAUCUUGUCAACCUUUUUACUUUAACAUUGUGUAUAGCUUGUCAUUUACCUUUAUGGGAAACAAAAGCUCGUUGUCAAACGUCUUCUAUGAAUGAAAGCGAUGUGCUUAUCGAGUACGAAGACCUAUGUCAAGAUUUUCGCAAAUAUUUUGACCAUAUAUUAAUUCUAGAAAAUGCUAUAUCAUUACAUACUUACGAAGAGUUGUCUAUGAUGUACACAAUUCUGCAAAUACAAGAUAAUAUUCUGCAAAAUGGUAUAUUGGCUGGUUGCCUUAUUAUAAAACAACAUAACUAUAAUCCUCUAACUUCAACAUCAGAAAAUUUUGAAAAGUUUGAACUUCAAGAAUCCAUUGAUCUAUACAAAUCAUAUCUAGAUGAUGGAAAAUUGUCUUUGUGUUCAUUGUCGGUUGAAUAUUGGGAUGCUAUCAAAAAGAAAUAUCAUCCAUGUAUGAUGUCAUGUGAAAAUUACCUUGCUCAUAUAGCUUCAGCAAUUAAGUCAUCAAAUUAUUUUGAACCUUCAGAACAAGAUUAUAUUGAUCAACAUCUAAGUGUAUACGGCACAGAAGCGAAUAUCUCAUCAUCGAAAGGUGCUUCAGAUAAUCCAGACAGAACUUUAGCUACACAUGAGUUAAUCAAAUGGAUUCAAGAAAAUAUUGGAUUCCGUAAUAGCUUUUCAACAAAAGUAAUUUUACAACAACUAGUUAAUAUUGGAUUUCUUGAGAGGAUUGACGGACAUCCAAUAUUAUUUGGCGAUGAUGAUCCUGAAAAGAAUAUAGUUGAAUGUUCGCUUCCUCUGCCAUUUGCGACAGAAUGCUCUUCAGCGGUCGAGACUCUUUUAACGGCAAUUUCUUCAUGCUUAUCAGAUGUCAAUAUAUCGAUUAAUGAGUGUGGAUUUCUUCUCAUGAUGCGACGCUGUUGGCCUGGUCCUUUCAUGUCCAAAUAUGUUUUAGAACGACUGGUUUAUUCAAUUAUUGAAUGGAUGAAUGAUGAAGAUGAGAGGUUAUUGAUAAUUGGAAAAGAAUACACUGCUGCACGAAGGUUACCUGGAAUUCGUGAUGAAAUAGAAGAUAAUCAACAGCAGAAAGGAUAUUUGCAAAAUUCUGUUGGUGGGGGUGCUUAUGUGAUAAGUCGUAGAAUGUUGAAAGAGAAAUACAUUUUGCAAUGGUUAUUUGCAGUUCAUGAAUUGAAUGAGGAACUAUUUUGUGAUAUUGUUUACAGCCAGAUAAAAAUGUUUUAUGAAAAUCAAAAUCAACAAGAAGAUAUUGAUUCAAAUAAAUUUGUAGAAAUACGGACAUUGAGUAAAGUUUUCGGCCCGGUAAAAAACACUUCUCAACGAAAAAAUAAUGUGGAUCAAAUAACUGUGGCCACAGAGAAUUUCAACGUUAAUACUAAUAUUAGCCCUAUAGACACAAUUACCCAAUUAUUUAAAAACAAUAAUGUUCAAUUAUCGCGAGCCUUGCAAUGGAUAGAAUUGAUGGUGCGUGCUGG